AUGAGCCACCUGGACCCGCAGCGCGACUGUUGUCUGGCGACGUGCGGGCACAUGUGCACCCUGUGCCGGCCCAUCGUCCAGCAGCUCAUCACGCUCUGCCAGGUCUGCAUGACCAAAGACGUGCCCCACCCGGACCUGAUCGGUUGCAUCCGCGCGCUGCUGCCCGUGAUGACGGAGAACGACGUGGGCCGGUUCCGUCAGUACCUCCAAAACGAAAAGGUGGAGUGGGUCAAGGAGUUCAUCAUGUAUAUGACGGUCACCUUCGGGUCUGUCAUCUUCCUGGAGGAGCUCUUCGUGCAUCGGCAGGAACUGCGCCAGCGGGCCGUGAGCGACGGCAUUGCGCUCUGCCUCGCCGCCGGCGCCGGUAAGGUGGACAUGGUGACGUAUCUGCUCGGGCAGGGCAGCGACCCGAACAAGGCCCCGCAGGUGGUCAACAGCAACCUGUCCGGCUUCUCCCUCUUCCCCCCGCAGCAGCCGCAGCCGCAGCCGCAGCAGCCGACCCCCGGCGGCGCCACAGCGGCGGCGGCCGGCCCCGCGCCUCCGGGCCAAGCCCCGCAGCAGCAGCAGCGGCCUCGACCAGGCCCCGACCACGACGGCGCCCUGCAGCCUCCGGCGGAGAAGCGAGGGCACACGGCGCUGCACUACGCGGCGCACAACGGGCACGCCGGGUGCGUGUCGCUGCUGCUGCGCUACGGGGCAGAUCCCAACGUGCGCGACGGCGACGGCAUCACGCCGCUCCACUCGGCCUCGCACAACGGCAAGUUCGAGAGCGUGCUGCUGCUGCUCCACUUCGAGGGCGACGACGACACCAUCGACGACGAGGCCGACGAGGCCGACGACGAAGAGGCCUGCGAAGUCCGCGAGGUCAGCGACCUCGACGCCGCCCACUACGGGCGCCGGCAGGAGAUCGGCGAGGAGCGAGAGCCCACCUCGGUCGUCAAAGCCAAGAAGCCCUACGCUCGGAAUCGGGCAGAGGUGGACGCUCGUGACCGAUGGGGCGACACUCCGUUGCACAAGGCGGUGGUGAACGGGCACACGGCGUGCGCGGAGAUCCUGCUGGGGUUCGGGGCGCAGAUCAACAGCCAGAACAUGGGCGGCGACACGCCCUUCCGCAAGGCCGUCUACCACGGCCACACCGACUGCGCGCGCAUGCUCGUCGAGAAGGGCGCCGAGUACAACCUCGCCUCCGAGAAGAACAUCUCCCCGCUCCACCUCGCCGUCUUCAAAGGGCAUUGGGACUGCGCGGCGCUGUUGCUGGAGAAGGGGGCCGACGUGAACUACAAGGACGAGAGCGACAUGACGCCCCUCUUCUUCGCCGCUGUCAACGGCCACGGCCACUGCAUCGAACUCCUCCUCGACCACCAGGCGGAGGUGAACCGGCAGGACAACGAGGGCAAGACGGCGCUGCACACGGCGGCGCGCAAGGGCUACAAGGACUGCGUCACGAUCCUGCUCGAGCGCGGCGCCCUCAUCGACGCCAAGGACGACGUCGGCUGGACGCCCCUCCACGAAGCCACCAGCGAAGGAAAUAUCGAGGUCGCGGAGAUGUUGCUGAGGCACGGGGCCGGGGUCGAGGUGGGCGACAAGGAGGGCUGCACGCCCAUGCACCUGGCCUCGCGCUGCGGCGACUCCGACUCGCUGCAGCUCCUGAUCGAAGGCCCGCCCGAUCACCACGACCACGACCACGACCUCGACCACCAGCCCAGCGACGCCGCCGGUCUGGGGCGCGCGUGGCGGCGGCCGGACGUCAACAUCCGCGACGCGAGCGGCUGGACGCCCAUCCACGAGGCCGCCAACGAGGGCAACACCCAGUGCAUCCAACUCCUCCUCGACUAUGGGGCGGACGUGAACAGUCCGGACGCGGACGGGAACACGCCGCUGCACAAGGCGGCCGACAACGGCGCGCUCCCGUCGUGCAUCCUGCUCGUCGAGCACGGCGCGCGCAUCGACGUCAAGAACCACCUCAACUUCACCCCCUACCAACUCGCCACCAUCAGUGAGAGCAUCGAUUGCGCGGAGUACCUGCUGCAGCGCUACGACGAGAUCCUGCGGGCCGAGCAGGAGAAGCUCGAACUCGACGGCGACCGCAGCCACCACCACCACCACCACGGCCACCAUCACGACCACCACGACCAAAAGAACGAAGUCGUCGCCGCCAAAGAAAAGAGCGAAAGCGACAAAGCGCUGGCUUCGCUUCCGGCGGCGGCGGCGGCGGCGGACGACGACGAGGAGCAGGAGGGGAUCGAGCGGAAGCUGGACGACGAGCGGCGGGU